UUAAAACGAAAUUUAGCUACUGUAUGUAUGAUAACUAGGUAUUUACUUUGUGGUGAAUGAAAAAAAUCAAAACAUACAUUGUGUAAAGAAAGAUUCAUGAAUCGUUAACAACUUAUUGGAUCAUGCAAAGCAAGUUUUGAGCCGGAAAGUUACAUUUUAUGUAAUACAUAAUGACAAUUCAGGAAAUACUCCCGUAUAACAACAACAAAUCCAAUAAGAAAAUGGAUCUUGAUAUAAUAUUACCGUUUAUAAUCUUACCAAUCUUGUUGUUGGUGGCAACGCUUUCUCGAGCUGUUACACUUACUGUGAUGAUAUUUAUAGGAAUGGGAGCCUUAUACGUUAUUUCAAGACCACGUCAUAGGAACAGAUCACCCUUUUUUUAUUCCUGGACUUUAUCAUCAGGAUUAUAUAUGUUUUUGAUUUUUGAAAUGAUUGUCAUGGAUUUUUGGGAAAUAACAUAUUAUGAGAAUGUUGUAUUUCUCUCCUUGAUCACAUUCACCUGUUAUUUCUUCUAUAAAAUGAAGUCUACUGCUGAUUUUGAACUGGCCACUGGAACAUGUAAGGGGAAUGACUAUAGCCCAGUGUUAACUUCAGACUCACAUUAUUGCAAAAUAUGUGAAAUUGAGGUGAGCGAGGGAUAUUUUCAUUCAAUAUGGUGGGAUUGUUGUGUACUUAAACCAAAUUAUGGAUAUUUCCUACUGGGGCAUAUGUUUACUUUGGCAACGUUAUUAUAUGGAACCAAUUUGACACUAACAACAAUUUGUCAACCAUAUAUAUUUUAUGGUCCUAUUCUAAUGCCUGAAGAUUGUAGUGAUGUUUAUAAUGAAUUUUACUUAGCCCUGUGUUUUGUGACAUGUGUGUAUAGCCUUGGAUAUGUAUCAGUCAUCUGUUUAGUUUUUCUUCACCAGCUAUUAAAGAACAUCCCAAAAUAUGGUGAAUCACAGUGGCAGAGAAUUGUUCAUGCUUUUAAUGUUUGAAGAUGAAAUUGUAGAAGUUAAAGGAACACUUUAAUGAGUCAAAAAAAGUACUUAAACAAACUGCAACCUAAUCUAACAACCAAGGAAAAGUGUUGAAGGUUACGGAAUAAAAUGUGCAAUGUUGCUACAUAGAGAGUAAGACUAAUGCAAUGUAUAAAGUUUAAAACUAUAUAUAUGGAUAUGAUAUUUAA